AUGUCUCAUUCCCAAAUUUCUUCUUCUCAGCUGGAAGGCAACUUCACCAUGUUUGGGUCCAAUCAGACUUCCUUAAGCAUAGGCUUGCAACAACCUCAACAGACUUCUUUCAAUUCUCAAGCAACAACUUUCUUGGCCAAAUGUUCCUCUUUAUCUAUGUCCAAACCUACCUCUUCUCCUCAGUUGAGUAAAUCCCAACAAUGUCUAAACGGAAGAGGAAAAUCAAUCACCGACAACAAAAAGUCUUCCCAAUCAACCUCUCAGAAGGAUCUAUUGAUCAUGCCUCAAUGUUUAAUACCAUUGAAUACCAAUGGUCAAGAUCAAGGAAGUUACAGUUCCAACUCCCAGUCAACCACUUUGGACAAUUUCUUGAUGAAAUCGAAACAACCUUCAAGCACCACUAUUCUCAUUGAGAAAGAAUGGUUUCAAACAAAACUAAAUAAUAUUGAAUCGCAGAUACAGGCUCUUGAAAAACAAAGUAACCAAGGACAGGAAGAAAUUUCUUGUCAUCUCAACAACAUGCUGAAAAAAGUGAAUGAAAUUGAUGUUUGGCACCAAGAAUUGACCUCUGUUAAUGAAGAGCGUCAUUUGGAAGUCAUGCAAAAUAAUGCUCAGGCACAAGUCAUUAAAACUCUUUCGAACAACGUUCAAGAGAUCACUUGUUCGCUGCAAGUGCUCUUGAAGAAAAUAGAAGAAGAGGAUGAUGCACCAGCAGGAAAAAACAAAAUCUCAAAGCAGAAGAAAAUGUUAAGGAAAAACUCACAAUUUGAAAAGGCCAUGCAAAACAUGAUACAAGACAAAACAGUCCUUAAAUUAAAGCAUAAAAACGAUGCAGCUAUAGAUGAUUCAUGGUUUUGUGACGAACUGUAG